AUGAUGGCAAGCUCACUCGAACUUAUCGUCUUCGUCACACCCAGUGUCUGCAUCAAAUCUACCUCCUUCACGACGCUCGCUGAAGCCGAAGCCAUGAGAUUCGUGUCCGCAUCGUCAACCGUGCCAGUCCCGAAGGUUCAUAUGGCAUUUGAACACGACCGAAUCGUCUACAUUGUCAUGGAGAGAAUACGGGGCCAACCACUUUCUGUAGGGUGGGUGCAGAGGUCCGCAGCAUCAAAGGAGGCCAUUCUUUCCCAGCUUCGCGAUAUGACGCAGGAGAUCCGCCAGAUACGAGCACCGAAAAGUGCCGGUAUAUCCAAUGUCUGCGGAGGUCCGAUCUUCGAUCACAGACUCCCUGGCCGAAGCAGCUGGGGACCCUUUCCGUCGAUUCGAGACUUUCACCGUGAAUUACGCAACGGAAUAGAACUUGAAAACAUAAAACAAGAUGGCAGCGACAUUUCCCAUGGCCUAUCAAAGCUCAUCUCAUUCCACGACCAGCUCUGGGAGGAGCCAGUUUUCACGCACGGCGACUUAAGCAGCCUGAACAUCCUAGCGCAAGGCGACAAAAUCGUCGGCAUUAUCGACUGGGAAACCGCGGGGUGGAUGCCUCCUUACUGGGAAUAUACGUCGGCAUGGCAUGUUAACCCUCAAAACCAAUUUUGGCAGCAGGAGGUUGACAGGUUUCUUGAUCGACCGGAACAAGCACUAGAAAUGGAAACAAUCAGGAGAAAGUAUUUCGGCGACUUCUGA